AUGGAUUCGCGAACUGCCUUCGCCCUUUUUUAUGUUUUUGUCUUAGCAAUUCCUGGUUUUGUGUUGGCUUCCAAUUCUAGAAGGUGGAACUGCCCCUUCGACUCCAGAUGUGGAAGAAAACAAAAGGUUUGCCAUUAAUUACUAUUUGCUUCAACUUUUUAACCCAUACGUUUUUAGACUUUUUCUGAAUUCGUAUUUCCAAAAAGAAAAUUCUUGAGUUCUGCCGUGGAAAAACAAAUUCUCUUUUUUAUAAAAACAAUCAGGGAUGCUUUUCAGAUGACAUACACUAAUAUUCUUCCGAAAACUUUACUACUAACUGAAAUAGUGACCUGUCAAACAAAUCAAUAGACAAGUUGUUAAUGAACCAUGACAACCUAUCACGACCACAGGUUUUUUUUUUUUUUUUUUUUUUUUUUUUUAUUCUUUGUUCAUGUGCGAUCGGAACGCUUUGGAAAGGGAAAAAAAAAAAAAAAAAAACAAUUUGAAAAAGACACUUCACACUGACAGUUCUUCUUGGAGCGUCACUGGGUUAUCGACAGAGUGUCAAAAUCCUGGGGAGGGGAGGGUAACUCUGCGAUGGACUGUUAUCUCGUUGACAAGGGAAGGAGGGCAGAGUGUAGCUGUAAUUCUAAUUGCUUAACGGAGUCUCGUACCCAGACGUUCCACGGCCAAGAGGUGGUAGGUCUUACAUUUCAGUUACAUGGUAGGAUCUGGGUACGAGAUUACGCUUUAUGCUAUAGAAAACGGGUUACGUUCAUUGAGAUGAACCCUGUACAACUAACUUCAGUUAUCUUUCACUAUUAAAAAAUUUACUUUUGGUGAUCUUUGUCCUAGUUGAGGCGAAAUGAAGCCGUUGUUAGCCAUCUUGAAAGAAACAUGAUAUUAAGGCCGGGGGAGGAAGUGACGGAAAACGUGAGAGGACUGGACUCUAAAGAUAUCGCAGUGGCUGAUGGGAAUGAUAAAGAACGGAAGUAAAUGUUAACCCUUGCUAAACCGAAAAAAUAAUAAGUAAACCACAGUAGAUAAGAGACAAUGAAUAAAUAGAAUCAAAUCUGAAAUUAGC